AGAAUCAAUCAACCGUCGUCCUCCGAACAAAGCAAACUCCUAUCCCUAAUAAAAUCCUCUCAAGCCACGGUGGCUCCGGAUAUUUUACGACGGUUGUUCCCAGCUCGUACCCGAAGACCCGCCCCGAUCAUCCCUUUGACCCGGCUGGAAAUGAACCUUUUCCGGUUCUGCUCCGGUCUGAAAGUCCUCGGCUAUUUAGUGAUCCUUCUCGUCCUCUCCUUCGUCGCCGUAUCUUACUACGCGGUCAUCGUUAACACAUGGUGGCCGAUCUUAAUCGAAAACAACCAUAGAGCUCUCUCAGCUCUCGCCUGCUUAAUCAUCUUUGUCUUCCACUUCUUGUUGAUAAUGCUGUUGUGGAGCUACUUCACUGCUGUGUUUACGGACCCAGGUUCUGUUCCUGAGCAUUUCAGAAGAGAGAUUGGUGGUGAUAGUUUGGAGGCUGGUGCUUCGACAGAACAAGGAGCUUUUGGAUACUGUCCGAAAUGCCGGAAUGUUAAGCCACCUCGUUGCCAUCAUUGUUCUGUCUGUCAAAGAUGUGUUCUGAAGAUGGAUCAUCACUGCGUUUGGAUUGUUAAUUGUGCUGGAGCGCGUAAUUACAAGUUUUUCCUUCUCUUUCUGUUGUAUACUUUUCUCGAGACAAUGUUGGACGUUGUAGUCUUGCUUCCUAGUUUCAUUGAAUUCUUCAGCCAAGCUAUAAAGCAUUCCUCUUCUCCGGGUCAACUAGCCUCUCUGGUCCUGGCUUUCGUUCUUAACUUAGCGUUCGUUCUCAGCCUUCUAAUGUUCAUAGUCAUGCAUAUCUCUCUUCUCUCAACAAACACUACUUCUGUCGAGGUUCACGAGAAGAACGGAGAUGUCAGAUGGAAAUAUGACUUGGGAAAGAAGAAAAACUUUGAGCAGGUUUUUGGGAAGAAGAAGGCGUUUUGGCUCCUCCCAUUGUACUCUAAAGAUGAUCUACAAAACAUAACUUCACUUCAAGGCCUUGAGUUUCCUACUCGUUCUGACAUUGACUCUUGAUUCAAACAACAAUCAAUUGAGCUUGGAAAGCUGAGAGCUUUCCCUCUAAUGAAGAUGACCCUCUUCUCAAAAUGUAUUUCUGAAAACACAUUACGUUGUUGUAAUACUGACACGUAUAUUUGAUUCAUUUGUUACUUGGUUCUUCAGAUUGUUUGUUAUAAGAAACAGUGUUUACUUGUCAUAAAAGUAAAUAAUCACACGUGAUAUCAAUAUGCAAUCUCC